AUGGCUGAAAUUGGCUUUGCAUCGACCACUGGUGCGAGCUUUGCCCCCGAUGUGCGACGUAGGAAUGUUCGCACUGAGGGACAGGCUAGGACUUCAGGCUUGAUUGAACCUGACGACAAGAAACACAAACAGCGGCCCAAUUCUUAUCUCUCCGCUCUGGCAGACUGGGAACCUCUAAUUGCACCGAUUCUUUUGACAGUUUUGUCAAUGUUUACGCGUAUGUACCGAAUCGGCCGCUCAAACAUCGUGACCUGGGACGAGGCGCACUUCGGAAAGUUUGGAUCACAUUACCUGAAGCGCGAAUUCUACUUUGAUGUUCACCCUCCGUUGGGGAAAAUGCUUGUCGGCUUGUCGGGCCUUCUUGCCGGUUAUAACGGAUCAUUCGAGUUCAAAUCUGGCGAAACAUACCCGGAAGACCUUAACUACACAUUUAUGCGCCUAUUCAACGCUGCCUUUGGCGUGGUGUGCGUUCCGCUUGCCUACCUAACGGCACGCGAGCUUGGUUUUCGUAGAGGUACUGUUUGGCUUGUGAGCCUCAUGGUGCUUUUCGAGAAUUCAUAUGCCACUAUUUCAAGAUUCAUAUUGCUUGACUCUAUGCUCCUUUGCUUCACAUUCACGACCACAUUUUGUUGGGCAAAAUUUCAUCGUCUCCAGCAUGCGAGUUUCUCUAUUGAGUGGUUCACCUGGCUAUUUCUGACCGGCGUGAGUAUUGGCUGCGUUUGUAGUGUCAAAUGGGUUGGCCUUUUCUGCACUGCACUUGUUGGCCUCUACACCAUUGAAGACCUGUGGAAUAAAUUUGGUGAUUUGAAGAUGUCUGAGGCAACGUUAGCUAAACAUUUUGCGGUACGCGUGGUGGGCUUGAUUCUAAUACCAGCUCUGGUAUAUAUCUUUUCGUUCUACAUCCACUUCCUGAUUUUAGAGAACAGUGGCCCAGGCGAUGCGCAGAUGAGCUCGUUGUUUCAAGCGAAUCUCAAAGGUACCCAGGUGGGCAAAGACAGCCCGCUGGAAAUUGCAUUCGGCUCAAGGGUCACUUUGAAGAAUAUGGGUUACGGCGGCGGGCUACUUCAUUCUCAUGUCCAGACGUAUCCUGAAGGUUCGUCCCAGCAACAGGUUACUUGCUAUCACCACAAGGACGCGAACAACGACUGGUUUAUCUAUCCUAAUCGCAAGGAGCCCCAGUACGAUGCAGAGGCACCUCUUAGGUUUGUCGGUGACGGUGAUGUCAUUCGUCUGAUCCACGGCCAGACAGGCCGUAACCUUCAUUCCCACAACAUCCCCGCACCAAUAACCAAGAACCACCAUGAAGUUUCCUGCUAUGGCAAUUUGACUAUUGGAGAUGAUAAGGACCAUUGGAAGGUUGAGGUUGUCGAUGAUGUUGCUUCAAGAGACAGGAGUAGGAUCAGAACUCUGACAACUGCGUUCCGUUUGCGACAUGCGGUUUUGGGUUGUUAUCUACGCGCCGGGAACACUAAUCUUCCUCAGUGGGGUUUCAAGCAAAUUGAAACAACUUGUGUGAAGGAAAACAAACCCCGUGACGUUUAUACGCACUGGAAUAUUGAAACCCAUACCAACGACCGACUUCCCCCCGGUGAUCCUGGAUCGUACAAGUCUCCUUUCUUCAAAGACUUUGUACAUUUGAACGUUGCGAUGAUGACGUCGAACAAUGCUUUGGUGCCUGAUCCUGACAAGCAGGACGAUCUUGCGUCGAAACCUUGGCAAUGGCCCAUUCUUAAUGUCGGUCUACGCAUGUGCUCUUGGGACGAAAAAGUCGUCAAAUACUAUCUACUUGGAAACCCUGUUGUCUACUGGGGUAGUACCUUGAGUUUGGCUGUCUUUGGACUGCUGACCUUGUGGUACCUUGUGCGAUGGCAGCGCGGCUACAACGAGCUUAGCCAGGCAGAUAUUGACCACAUUCACUAUGCCGGCUUGUACCCCGUUCUCGGUUGGUUUCUGCAUUAUGUGCCUUUCAUCGCUAUGGCGCGAGUUACCUAUGUCCACCACUAUUACCCCGCGCUAUACUACGCUAUCCUGACAUUCGGGUUCUGUGUUGAUUGGCUUACCAAAACUUUGAACACCAAGGUUCGAUUCUUGGUGUAUGGGCUACUCUAUGCUUUGGUCGCUGGGGUUUUCGUCUACUUCAGGGUGAUUGUGUUCGGCAUUGAAGGUCCAAGCCAACAGUGGCGUCACUUGAACUGGUUGAGCGGUUGGCGAAUCGCUAACUAAGAACCGUGAUAGAGCGUUACAGUUCCCGUUGUCACAGUUAGCGUGCAACGUCCCUUUAUUUUCUCGACCUCUCACUCAUCUGCUUCCAUUAUUUCUUUAGUUUAUUCAAAGCAGAGGCUUCUGUAUUAUUUAUCGAUCAAUGUGUAUUUUGCUCUGAUUAUAGCAAUAUUUCGGUAUCAAACGAGAUAAUUAAGGAUUGCUCCGGCUCGCGGGGUUAAGG